AUGUGGAGAAGCCGGAAGGUCCUGGCAACCGCUGCGACGGCCGCAGUACUGGGUGGAACCACGUACGCUUAUGGAGACCAAUUGAAGGUCCGAACCGCGUAUUUAUUGUCUCAAGAGCCGACUAUCAUCGACCAGAGUCAAGUGUUGUUCCCGAGGCAACAGUGGGACUCGAAUUGGGAUCAGUAAGUUGAUUUAGUUUGAGCUUUUUGAGCAGUCGGAUCUGAUGGACCUAAAGUAAUAUCGGGGAUGGGGAAAUAAUGUGAAUUUUGGGGAGUUUGUGUUUUAUCAGAUUGAAUGGAAGUUGUGCUGAGAUUUUAUACCACUUUUCCGCCUUUUUAGCGCAAAUUUCGGUCGAAGCGAGGGCGCAGCUCGCCGAAUCCAAAAAUCGACAUUUUUGACGAUAAAAGGUGAAAAAUGAAAGAAAUAUCAAUAAUUUACCCGAAAAUAAUUAAUCAAGCCUUUUUUCUUUAUCUGCGAACAUAUAGACUUUGUAAAAUUACAUUUUUUACCAUAAAAUUGUCUAAAACAAUAUAAUUUUCAAACUUUUUUCAGACGAGACCCCAUGUCCAUGGUAAAUAAGGAGAAAUACUUGGCUGCGGACCCAGAAAAACGAAAAGAAAUGCUCGAGGAACACAAGCCCAAAGCCACGAGAAAUAUUUUCUUGAUCCGACAUGGGCAAUAUCAUUUGGACUCGGAGAAACGAAAUCUCACCCCACUCGGGCAAGAACAAGCCCAGUUGUUGGGCGAACGCCUGGCCAAGACGAAUAUAAAAUACGAUGUGUGCGUGAUGUCGACGAUGAAUCGGUAAGAAAAUUUAUUUUUUCUAUGGCAAGGAUAAUAUAAUUUUUGAUGAAAAAAGUUGAGAAAUUUUAAUUCUAUUGUGUGAUGAUCUUAUAUUUCGUAUUUUAGCGCUACUGAGACGGCAUUGUUGAUGCUGGAAAAGAUGGAUCCAACGAUUCCCAAGGAAUCUGACUCUCUACUGGAAGAAGGCGCUCCAUACCCACCGGAACCUCCGCUUAGUAGCUGGAAACCAUCGCAAAAGGUAAUGAUUACAUUAUUCGAAAGCAUAAUUUUUACUGCAGUUCGCGCCCAACGCUUAUUUUGAAGUUUCUGCAUCGGCGAGCUGCGACCUAGGAUAAGGCUGAGAAUUGAACUUUUUGAAGUGAUAGGAGGCUUUUCCAGAAAUUUUUGACUUAUUUUUAUAUAUUUUUGGCAGCUUGCGCCCAGGAAAUAGCGCUUUUUCUAUAUGGCGAGCUGCGCCCUAGGAUAAAGCGGAGAAUUGGCCUGGGAUUGUCGCAAAAUGUUUUGGAAUGAUAGGAGGAGUUCUCCAAUAAUUUUUGACUUAUUUUUUUAUAUUUUUGGCAGCUCGCGCCCAGGGAACCCCGGUUUCCCUUAAUUUUGGCGAGCUGCGCCCGACUAAACGAAUAUAAUGUUGAUUUUUGAGAAGUUUUACACCGAAGGCGCCAGAAUCGAAGCCGCAUUCCGCAAGUACAUCCAUCGAGCGUCGCCCCGCCAGAAACAUGACAGCUACGAACUGAUCGUUUGUCACGCAAAUGUGAUCCGAUACUUUGUUUGCAGGUAAGGAAAUUCGUUUAAUUUUGGGUAUUAAGACGUAAAAAAGGCUUUACGGGCAAUGGUUUUGAGUUUCAGAUAAAUUUUUUGCCAUUUUCAAAGUUUUGUUGAAUUUUAACCUAGUAUAAUAUAAAAAUUUUUUCAGAGCCCUGCAAUUCCCCCGAGAAGGAUGGCUGCGACUCUCGCUGGGCAACAGCAGUAUUACCUGGAUGGUUUUGAGGCCAAACGGCGCAGUUUCGAUCCGUGGUCUCGGAGAUUUCGGCCAUCUUCCACAUGACAAGGUCUCAUUCACCUAA